AAGCACAAAGCAAGAGAUGUUUCUUCUGCAAUUCCCUGUUCUACAGGCUUCUGAGUGUGAACACGUUAGACUGCCUGGGAAUCAAAUGAAUGGCAGCUACCAGUGUCUCCGUAAAUUCCGCAGAGCAGUUUUGGUCAUCCAGGUCAUUCGCAAUCUCAUUAAAAUGUACAGGGACUAUGCAGAAUCUAGAGCUGAACUGUUAUCCUUCUCUCGGCUACAGUUCACUGGAUCCAGGACAGAGACUGAAAACCUCCUUUUUGACUCUUCUUAUUUUAAAGCUAAAGUAGAGACAACUAUCAGUCAUGAGGCGCAGGCCAUCCUCUCAGGGCCACCAGAAAACCGAACCUCUGAAGGCAUCAAGCUGGCCAUGCUGUCUUUGAAGGCAACAGUCAGCACUUUCUCUGAAUACCCAGUCCACAUCCAGGAAAAACUGGCUCAGAUGGGUUGGUAUGAAUGUUUCGGGCCUGGAAGAGUGGUCAUCAGGCAAGGCCAUAUCCCACAGAAUUUCUAUUUGAUUCUCUCAGGCACAGCUGUGGUCACCAAGGUGGCUGUCAACAGACAGACAGGAGAGCUUUACGCCAAGACGGUUGCCUUUCUGAAGAAAGGGAAAUAUUUUGGGGAUGUUGCCAUCUUGACGGGCGCUAGGAGAAAUGCCACAGUUGUCUGUCAUGAUACUGUUUCCCUGCUGGCUGUUUCUAGACAGGAGUUUUUAAACAUAUUUCUGAACAGGGAAUCUGGUGAGGGACCAGAUUUCAUGAAUUUCCUACACAAAAUUGAACUGCUCUCAGGAUGGCCUGUUGAAAAGCUGCCUUACAAUAACCCCAGAAUUUGUGCUUUCACCUUCUUCAGGCCAGGAACAGUCAUUACAAAGGAUUCAAAGGCAUCAUCCAAAAUUUAUGUGAUCAAAACAGGGAGGCUGCGGGUCCUGAAGGCAAUGACAUCUUCUAAACCUCGGCUAUCAUUAAAGUCUUUUAGAUACUCCCAACUCUACUGUGAGCCCAUUAGUGAUGAAGGGUAUUCGUAUGAGGCCCUGACCAAGGUGCCAGAAUUAGAUUGUAGAGCUGGACUGGAGCAGUGAGCUUUUCAUUAAAGGACAGGAAGGUGAAUAAGUA